AUAGCUGAACCGUCAGUCGUCUGGGUAUCGUCGCCCAGGGUACACGUGCGGACUUGGGCUCCCCGCUCGGUCGCCAUCGAAUUCGUAUCUCGUAAUAUCGUGGUCGAAAAAAUGUGAUUCAAAUACUGUUCGCUUCAUACAUCAGUGAUUGUGAGUGAAGAAAAAUGUGGAAAGCAUGCAUCUUGCUGGUUUUCGUAGCUGCGUCAGCUGUAGGCAACCCAGCCAAAAUGGAUUCAAAACGAGAUCAAUGCAACAAGACGGUGGACAUUUACGAUGACGUCUCCUCGCCCCCUGUCACGCCUGAGAAUUUUGGGAGACCUCUCACUUGCACCUACAGAUUUCGAGCAUUCCGAGGAUCCCCGAAGGACUGGAUUUUGAGAAUCAGAUUCAAAAAGUUCAAAGUCGGCACUUUGAUCAACGGGACCACAUGUCAUAAAGGUUAUUUGCAGAUAGUCGACGGGAACGCAAAAACGGACGUGUCUAACAGGAAAGAGCCGGGCCUCUUCUGCGGCGAAAUAGAACAACCACAGACCUUCAUUUCGGAGACGAACUUCGUGAAGAUCGUCUUCCACGCGGAUAACUUCACUGAUCAGACCUACUUCAGCUUUGAUUCUAGGGCUGAGCAGCAGUUUGAGGUGUAUCUCCGGUACGGGCAACAUCCUGAACUCUAUCCCAAUAGGAGAGGAGAAGUAGUCGCAGGAUCCUACUGCGAGCGAGUGUUCAGAGACUGCAGACUGCAAACGUGCUAUGUACAGUCCGCAGCGUACCCUGGUGUCUAUCCGAGAAAUUUACAUUGCAGAUACCAUCUGAACACCCGUCUCCCUUACAUCAAAUUGUACAUCGAAAAUGAAGAAUUUAACAUUGACGGCCAACGGUGCGAGAACAUCAUGACUUGCCCUAUGAGACCUAUCACAUCAGGUUCUGAAAACUGCCCAUACGACUAUAUAAGGAUAUAUGAUGGGAAGGAUGAGUCGGCGUCAGUGAUAGGCACCUUCUGUGGAAUGGGCAAAUUCCCCUACUCCAUCAUAGGGACUUCCCAGGAUCUCUUCGUGGAGUUCGUCAGCUCACCUGCAGGCCCACUGCUGAACACUGGUUUCCAUUUCAACGUGGGCAACUGGCCUGGUCACGUGGAAGCUCCGGGGUCCAGAGUAGGCACAUGCGAUUGGCUACUCACAGCAGAGUCAUUAAAGAAGUCAGGAGAUACAGAAGGAAUAUUCUUGUCUGUGGCACACUGGUACCCGCCCCAUACGUCGUGCACCUAUCUGAUGCAAGGAUUCCCUGGGCAAGUUGUGAGGCUGUAUUUUCCAAGCUUCCGGAUCAACCGAAUAGAAUCUCCAAUAGUUCCGUGGACCGGGGACUGUGGGGAAUCCUUGACUCUUUACGACGCUCCAAGACCUGAUGAUGCGAGGAUCAUUAAGACCUUCUGUGACACGUUCAGUAGACCGAUGGAGAAGCACGACUUUGUGUCUACUGGAAACGCUAUGUUCGUCAGAUUCGAGAGCAAAACCGGCAGUUAUAGUGGAUCAUCUCUUUACUACUGGGCUCACUAUGACUUUUUCAACAAUACCCGAUUCGGAGAACCGGUUCCCAACACCGCUUGUGACGAGGUCAUUGCCUCCUGGAAGCAGAGAGCUGGUCGAUUGAGGUCUCCCCUUAAUACCUUGGUCUAUAAGCAAGCCCCUGUGGGAGAGGAUGUCCAUUGCUUGUACAGAUUCGUCACUGACAAACGAAUCUAUGCCAGAGUCAUCCUGACAAUCCUCAGCGUCAAUUUUAAAGAACAUCCAUACACACCAGUGUCAUGCCAAAACUGUUACGAAGACCGUGCCGAUAAGUUGAUAAUUUGGGAACCAAUACCAGGAAGAAAGUCUGUCAACUCAUCUAUAGGAGUUACAACAACCCCUCUACCCUUACAUUUAGCAGUCCAACGUUCUCUUGGCUCAUGUCUUUGUGCUAAACAUGCUAACACCGUGUCUCGAGCAAGACCAUAUAGAGUUGUUUCCUCAGGUGAAACUCUAAAUCUUCAAUUAAUUGUAGACAAUGCUCAUGCCGCAGCAUCAUAUUUCAAAAAUCCGUCACCACUUUUUGAAGCUCGAUAUGAAUUCGUUCAUGGCCCGCUGUGUGGGCCUGCCGUUCUUGCAGCAGCUUCAGAUGGUGAAAUAGUUUAUCCACAUCUAGAAGCUUUAGGUUACACCGAGCCACCUAAACGAAUUCAAUGUAUAUGGGAUCUAGAAAUUGAAGAAAAGAGAGACAUAUGGCUGCAUUUUGAUAGCAUCAAGUUUGCUUCCCGUCAUUGUGAGGAUGGAAAUAUUCAGAUAUUUUUGCCUGGGAGAAUUGAGCCUUACUUAUCUAUUUGUGGUGGUAAUGUAUCUGAAACUGAUAAAUUGCCCAUCUUAUCUGCUGGUGAACUCGGAUUUGAAUCUUUAGAUGAUCCAUUAGUAAUGGAGAAGGAAAAGACACGAUCUAUCCGUAUUGUUUUCAUUGGUAGUGCGUCACCAGCACGAGCUGCGUUCAAAAUUGCCUGGACGGGAUUAUUCCAUUUGCCUAAAAACUCAGAUGGAACUCUGAUGACUUCUCGAUUAACUGAUGGUGAAGUCAAAGCAGACGGUCACGGCUGUGAUUUCAUAUGCCCUGGAGAAGAAGCGCUCUGUAUUCCAGCCAGGCUAAUUUGCAACGGGGUUAUGAACUGUCCAAAUAUUACUCGCACAUCAGGGGAAAGGAAGUUCUGGACUGCAGAGGAAAAGCGAGCUAGAGAAUCGUAUUCAGAGGACAGCUUAAGGCGGCUUGGUUAUUUGGAUGUGCUAAAUGGGAUACCUUUAGGGCAGUUGCAUGAUGAGGCACCAGAGUUAUGUGCUGGAGUGAGAAGUGUUGUUGGGGGGGAUUGGACUGCGCCAGCUUUAGGAGCUGCAUUAGCGGUUGCUCUGGGUAUUUGCGCUUUGGCUGCUGCUUGGCGUCUGUGCUGCCGCAAAAGGUCGCCAGACGAAGAAUCUUUGGAUUACUGACAUGCGGCCCGCGGUGCCCACGCACCGCCCUCUCUCCACUCGCGGUCGACGUCCAGGGACCUGCCCCUGGAUUGGAGUCUACAUUGACAGCCGCUGUACCGAGCGCCAGAAUCCUCACUUGUUGAUUAUUAAAAAGUGGAUCUCCACUUUUGCUCAAU